AUGUACAAGAUCCCAGGGGUCACAGCUGUCAGCCUUUGUGAAAUCACAAGGAGGCAGUGGGGUCUCCCUUUCUGUUUUGUUAGGGUCUUCAAGAAGUCGAGCCCUAACUGCAAGCUCACCGUGUACUUGGGCAAGCGCGACUUUGUAGACCACCUGGACAAAGUGGAUCCUGUGGAUGGCGUGGUGCUCGUGGAUCCUGACUACUUGAAGGACCGCAAAGGUUUCAGACCCAAGUCCAGGAGCUGGAGGGGAGGCAGGAAGAAGAAGGAAUUCGAUGGGUUGGCCUGUGGAGUCGACUUUGAGAUUCGUGCCUUCUAG